AUGUCGGAGAGGACUCAUGCGUUAGUCAAAGACCAGUUUGAGACCAAUUAUUUCGGGCCAGUAAAUCUCAUUAAGGCCGCGUUGCCUUUGAUGCGUAAACAACAGUCGGGUCAUAUGAUGGUCCUUGGGGGAAUAAGUAUGAUUAGCAUGGCAUAUGAAAUUGCCCCCUUUAAUAUUCGCGUAACUAUCCUUCAAUGUAAUAUUGAAAUUGGUAUACUUUCCAAUCUUAUUACCAGCGUUCCGCCAAUGUACAACUCAUACUCACAAACGACAAAUCAUGCCCCUCUGUUUCGAGGUAUCAUGAACAGUAUUCUCUCCCGUCUUUCCAGUGAUUCCCGGUCUACUUACUCCACCGCAUCUUCUCCUAUUUCUCGUUCCUCACCUUGCCCGGCUUCCCCGAUGUCUAGUGGAAACCCGGAAUUUCAGGAGGAUCACUGCCUCGAUACUCACGUUUAUCCACUCUCCGCAAACUCCAUUGUCUCCCUCUACCCACCACUCACAGCAACACAUUUAGAUCUUCUUACUGCAGAGACUGUCCAUGCAAUCACUGCAAUUGGGGGACAUGAAAACCCACCCGCGCGUCACCUUGUGGGUGCUGAAGCAGUAGCGAGUGUGAAAGAAAAGUUGAAAACGAUAAGUGAGGAGCUGGAAGACUUUAUUGCGUGUAGUAUUGCUGUGGAUAUCGGUGGUGAUGAGAAUCCUAUUAGGGUGGUAAGUGAAGAGACCACUGCACAAGCUACUGCCAAAUGA